AAAAACCAAAAAAUUUCCCACCUAGCCAACCUCUUCUUUUGCGCCGGCCGUUUUUGAACUUUCCUUCCAAUUCCGGCCAAACCCACAUAAAGAACAGAAAAAAAAACGAAGAAAUAACGAGAUUUACUUGACUGGCUUUGGUUUUUGAGAAUUUUAGCGAGAGGUUUUUCUUUUUAUCGGCCGGACAUAGGGAGGAUGGUGGCGUAUAAGCUCAACGAUGCGGCCCAUUGGUGGGACCAAGUGAACGAGUCCCCUGUUUGGCAAGAUCGAAUAUUUCACGUCCUUGCUGGGCUCUAUGGAAUUGUAGCCGUCGUUGCUCUGGUACAAUUGGUUCGAAUACAAUUGAGAGUGCCAGAGUAUGGAUGGACUACCCAGAAAGUGUUCCAUUUUCUCAAUUUCUUGGUCAAUGGAGUUAGAUCAUUUAUUUUUGUUUUCCGCCGAGAUGUUCAGCAAUUACAACCAGCGAUUUUUCAACAUAUAUUGCUUGAUUUGCCAAGUCUUGCUUUCUUCACAACCUAUGCGCUGCUGGUUUUGUUCUGGGCAGAAAUAUAUUACCAGGCACGUGCUGUACCUACUGAUGGGCUCAGGCUGAGUUUCUUUACAAUUAAUGGGUUUGUGUAUGCCACUCAGGUUCAGGAUGCAGAUAUUGAUGAAGAAGAGAGCAAGAGAAAGGGGUGA